AUGAAUCCAACCCAACCCUCAAGAUCAUCCACCCACCUGCCAACCCAACUCAAGAUCAUCCACCCACCUGAACAACCCAACCCUCAAGAACCCAUCCACAUCCCAUGCCAACCCAACCCUCAAGAUCAUCCACCCACCUGCAACCAACCCUCAAGAUCAUUCACACCUGCCAAAACCAACCCUCAAGAUCAUCCACAAAAUUCCAACACACUCAAAACCCAACCCUCAAAGUCAUCCACCCAUCUGCCAACCCAACCCUCAAGAAAAUCCAUCAACCCACUGCCAACCCAACCCUCAAGAUAUACACAACGCCUGCAAACACCAACCCUCAAGGGAUCCAUCCACCCAACCUUGCCAACCCAACCCUACAAGGAUCCAUUCCACCCAACCUGCCAAACCCAACCCAACCCUAAGGAUUCCAAUCCACCACCUGCCAACCAAAUCCUCAAGAGCCCAAUCCCAACCCCCCUUUGCAACCCAACUCAAGAUCCCCAGCACCCACUCUGCCAACCCAACCCUCAAGGAUCAUCCACCCACCUGCCAAAACCCAAACCCAACUCAAUGAUCCAUCCACCACCCAACCUGCCAACCCAAACCCUCAAGAGCAUCCACCCAACCUGCCAACGCCAACCCUCAAGGACCAUCCACCAGGUCCUAGCCAAACCCAAACCCUUUCCAACGAUCCAUCCAACACGCCUGCCAACCCCAACCCUCAAGGAUCAAUCCACCACCUGCCAACCCAACCCCCAAGAUCAAUCCACCCCACCUGCCAACCCAACCCUUUCAAGAUCCAUCCACCCACCUGCCAAACCCAACCCUCAAGGAUCAUCACCCACCUGCCAACCCAACCCUCAAGGACCACUCACCAAAUGA